CUUUACAAAUAAGUGAAUAUGCGCGUUUACUCCAGACGUAGUUUAAUACGCGCCACCAUAUCUUUCAACCAUGUCCAUUAUCCACAACCUUAAAACCCCAUCCUUACUCUCCCCUUCCCUUUCUUCACCUCACACUUCCUCAUCAUUCCCAUUACAAUCAUCUUUCAAACCACCCAUCUUUUCCUCUAAUCCCCCACUCCUUUCCCGGAGACUCUUCCUUCCAUCCGUUUCUGGCAUAUGGGACGCCUUGACUGGCGGCAACAACAACACCAAUGAAGCUGUCCUCGCAAUUCGACGCGGAAUGUCUCUCUUCAGACAGGGUGAUGUUUUAGGGUCUGUUGUGGAAUUCGACAGAGCAAUUCAAUUGGACCCUCGUCAAAAAGCGUAUCUUUGGCAAAGGGGUCUUUCACUUUACUACCUUGAUAGGUUUGAAGAAGGAGCUGAGCAGUUUCGGUUAGACGUUGCUCAGAAUCCAAAUGACACAGAAGAGUCCAUAUGGUGCUAUCUCUGUGAAGCUCAACUAUAUGGAGUGGAUGAAGCGAAGAAGCGAUAUCUUGAGGUUGGCAUAGACCCAAGGCCAGUCAUGAGAGAAACAUAUAACAUGUUUAAAGAUGGUGGAGAUCCUGAAAAGCUUGUAGCUGCAUUCUCUAAUAGCAGAGAUAGCGAUUAUUUUUAUGCUUCACUGUAUGCCGGGCUAUUUUACGAAUCUCAGAGUAAAAGUGAGGCUGCAAAAGUUCAUAUAGUUGCUGCUUGCAAGUCUUCUUAUGGCCAAAGGUCUAAUGAUUAUAUGGCUUCUCUUUCCAAGGUUCACUGUCUUUGUCGAAAUUGGAUCUUCAGCUGAUUUUUUUUUAAGUCUCUCCAGGUAAAAAAUGAAGAUCAUUCAUAAGUUGUUCUAUACACUACAGUCUACAGAGAUGGUUAACAGGAUUUAGUAUUCAUCACAUCCCUUCUUUAUUUACUUGGUUUUAUGAUCUUAAUGACUAUUACUUCUGUACUAGGAAGUUUUUUUUAACAUGCACUUCAUAGAAAUAAUGAAGUUAUUAUACCAUGAAGUUUUUUAACAUCGAGUAAGUUCCAAAUUGUUAUGAUACAACUCUUAUAUUGGAGUAGAAAUUACAACGUGGCUUGUAAUGGGAUUUAAAUUAUUUCA